CUAAGCCCAUUCAUGCCUCUCCCGGGGACGACUUGUUGACUGAACCCCGCAGAUGACGGGAGGGGCGCGGGAGCGGGAGAAGGUAUAAAGGAAAUGCUUAAGUUGUGCGGUCACCGGCUAUUGCAAUUCAGCGGUGGUGAAUUUGGUUCCUGCAGCAGAAAGACUCUGACUGAGGUUUCUGAAAAGUUUCUUGACAUCCUGCCCGGUGUGAUGGUUGUGAUUCUGGUUUGGGGCUCCCCCACCCACCCCCUGUAGGAACCCACGCUGCUGCUGGUUAUGAAACGGAGCGGUUAUGAAAUGAACUGGUGUCGGGGAGGUGGAGCUUCUCGAGGCGGCUCGAGGGAGAACUUUUGACCGGGCGAGGGUAUCUGGGAAGGGCGUUCUGCGCUCCAAGCGGGCUCCCGCUUACGGCGGACAGCCCCUGAGCGCUUCAUGUCCGCGAAGGUGUCUGCACCAGCCACCACAAAGUCCCUGAGACCCUCCCGCGGGCGGCUUCCUUCUCCCCGCCGGGGAGUGACCGGGGAAGGGGUUCUGGAAUGCUGUGGAGUUUUGACAAGUGAGCAAGGGAGUGACGGGCCGAGCUGGGAUCCCAUUACAGUCUUUUCAUAACCUCCCAGCCCGGGCUGCGGGCGGGAGGAGGGGUCCUCCCACGGACAUGGAGCGGACCGCGAGGACCCGGCUCCAGAAGGACGGCGCGGAGGCGCGCAGGGGGGCGGCGUCCCGGGCGGGGAGCCCGAGCUGAGCGCCCCCUCCCGCGCCCAGCCCGCCGCGGCAGGUGAUUAGGCAGCGGCUUGCGCGCGCGGGCGAACGGGGCCCCGGCGCGCAGGAUUAGCGCGGCCAGCUGCUCGAGACCCGGACGCCCGCCCGGCCGCGGAGGCAUCGGAGCGGAGACCCCCUCCCCCCGAGAUGACUUCAGAACUGGAGUUACCUGGCUGAGCAGUGCUGGAAUGGCGGCUUCAUCUACCUGACCAUGCUGCGUCGCUUCAAGCACAAAGUGCAUUCUCCGAACGACGGCAAUGGUAGCAGCAGCUCCGAGCCGGGAGACACGCCUGCCUUGGAGCUGGGUGACCAGACUGUGAAGAAAGGGAAACGAGCAAGAAAGUUUGGGGUCAUUUCCAGGCCUUCUACCCAGAAGGCCACUGAAGAAACCAAGAGCAGUCCUGGCUGUGAGUUGGACAAUGACCCCAUCUCUGAGCUGGACAAUGGCCCAGACCCUGAACUUGGAAAUGGUCAUGCUUUUGAGCUAGAAAAUGGCCCAGAGUCUCUCAAGGAGCUGGCCGGAUCCCAUCUAGACAGUUCAGAAGCAGACAGAGGGACAGAGCAUAGCAUUCCAAAGACAGAUGCUUCUCUACCCACAAGCAAUGACAAACGCCGCUUCUCAAAAUCUGGGAAGACAGACUUCCAAUCAAGUGACUGCCUGGCGCGGGAGGAAGUUGGCCGGAUAUGGAAGAUGGAGCUGCUUAAAGAAUCGGAUGGGCUGGGAAUUCAGGUUAGUGGAGGCCGAGGAUCAAAGCGCUCACCUCACGCUAUCGUUGUCACUCAAGUGAAGGAAGGAGGUGCCGCUCACAGGGACGGCAGACUGUCCUUAGGAGACGAGCUGCUGGUAAUCAAUGGUCACUUACUGGUGGGGCUGUCCCACGAGGAAGCAGUGGCCAUCCUCCGCUCUGCCACUGGAAUGGUUCAGCUGGUGGUAGCCAGCAAGGAAAACUCUGCUGAGGACCUCCUGAGGUUAACAUCCAAGAGUCUGCCUGAUCUGACCAGUUCAGUAGAGGACGUGUCCUCUUGGACCGACAACGAAGACCAGGAGGCAGACGGGGAAGAAGACGAAGGACCCGGCUCAUCUUCGGUCCGGGGAGCAAUGCCUGGGACAGAUGAGCCCCAAGAUGCGGGUGGCCCCGAGGAGUCCAAGGGAAACCUGGAAAGUCCCAAACAGGGCAGCAGUAAACUGAAACUCAAGAGUCGUCUUUCAGGGGGUGUACACCGCCUAGAGUCUGUUGAAGAAUAUAAUGAGCUGAUGGUGCGAAAUGGGGACCCCCGGAUCAGGAUGUUGGAAGUCUCCCGAGAUGGCCGAAAGCACUCUCUUCCCCAGCUACUGGACUCGACUGGAACAUCACAGGAAUACCACAUUGUAAAGAAGUCCACGCGUUCCCUAAGCACCACGCAGGUGGAAUCUCCCUGGAGACUCAUUCGGCCAUCGGUCAUCUCAAUCAUCGGGCUGUACAAAGAAAAAGGCAAGGGCCUUGGCUUUAGCAUUGCUGGAGGUCGAGACUGCAUUCGAGGACAGAUGGGGAUUUUUGUCAAGACCAUUUUCCCAAACGGAUCAGCUGCAGAGGAUGGAAGACUUAAAGAAGGGGAUGAAAUCCUCGAUGUAAACGGAAUACCAAUAAAGGGUUUGACGUUCCAAGAAGCCAUUCAUACCUUUAAGCAAAUCCGGAGUGGAUUAUUUGUCUUAACAGUACGCACAAAGUUACUGAGCCCAAGCCUCACACCCUGCUCAACCCCCACACACAUGAGCAGAUCCAGUUCCCCGAGCUUCAGCACCAGCGGGGGCAGCUCAGCGGCAGGCUCCGACGAAGGCAGUUCUUCGUCCCUGGGUCGGAAGGCCCCUGGGCCCAAGGACAGGAUUGUCAUGGAAGUAACACUCAACAAAGAGCCGAGAGUUGGAUUAGGCAUCGGUGCCUGCUGCCUGGCUCUGGAGAACAGCCCUCCUGGGAUCUACAUUCACAGCCUGGCCCCAGGAUCAGUGGCCAAGAUGGAGAGCAGUCUGAGCCGCGGAGAUCAAAUCCUGGAAGUGAACUCAGUCAACGUCCGGCAUGCUGCUUUAAGCAAGGUUCAUACCAUCCUGAGCAAAUGCCCCCCAGGACCCGUUCGCCUUGUCAUCGGCCGGCACCCUAAUCCAAAGGUUUCCGAGCAGGAAAUGGAUGCAGUGAUCGCACGCAGCACUUAUCAGGAGAGCAAAGAGGCCAGCUCCUCUCCUGGCUCAGGUACCCCCUUGAAGAGUCCCUCUCUUGCAAAAAAGGACGCCCUGAUUUCUGAACCCGAAGCCUCCCUGGACUUUGCCCACAGCGUGCCAGGCUCCCUGUCUGACUUCGUGGUGGCCGGCUCUGAGGACGAGGACGCCCCGGGCAGCGGCUGCAGCACCUCUGAGGACGGCGGCCCGCCCCCCAGCACCUGCGCCCACAAGGAGCCAGGAAAACCCAGGGCCAACAGCCUCGUGACUCUAGGAAGCCAGCGGACCUCUGGGCUCUUCCACAAGCAGGUGACGGUUGCCAGACAAGCCAGUCUCCCUGGGAGCCCGCAGGUCCUCCGAAACCCUCUCCUCCGCCAGAGGAGGGUGGGCUGCUAUGACACCGAGGAUGCCAGUGAUGAGGAAGAGUUCGGCGGUGAGGGGGACUGCAUUUCCCUCCCGGGGACCCUCCCCGGUCCCAGCAGGCCUCUGACAGAGAAUGACUCUAGGCACGUCCUGAUGACCUCUUCCAAGGUCAUGUGUAUCAACAGCCAGGGGGAGCAUCCCCAGAAAACUGUGGUCAGCAAGGCCUCCUCAGUGCCUCUCCUUGGCAGCUCACUGGACUUAGAGGAGAGUGUCCCAGAGGGUCUGGGGGACACUCCUUCCCAUGCAGCCAACCUGCUGGCCUCUGCAAAAGCCCCCAAGGGUGGCCCCGGCUGCUCAGGGAGGAAGGAGCUCUCAGGAUCGAGGAGUUCGCCCAAACUGGAGUACAAAGCCGAUACUGGUGCCCAGAGUCUAGGGAACACAGAUACCCCCAGGUCCGCCCAGCAGAAGAAUGACAGCCUGGCGUCCAGGCACAAACCAGUGGCCAGGGUCAGCCCACACCACAAGAGGCCCGAGGCUGAUGCCAGGCCCAGCAGCUCAGAGACAGCACAUCUGACUGAUGGAGGCGACGGCUCAUGUGUCCAGGCCACUUCCAUCAAAGAGACCAGGACUGGUUCUCCUCCAGGUGGAACUGUGGAGAAGGAAUCUCUGGGGAAGCUGACCGUGGGCGAUGGGUGUGCCCCUGCCAACUGGGGGCCUGCCAGUGCCCUGCCCCACCCAGACGCUGGCCACUGCACAGAGAACGUGUUUGAAGCUGCACCAGAGCAGGGGCAAAAACCUGGGACAGGACCGGAUGGCUCCCCAGACCUCGUCCCUACCCCAGGGCAGAAGGGGGCAUCUCACCCUGACCCCAGCAAGACCUCAGUGGACACAGGGCAAGCCAGGUGGCCUGAGGAGCCUGGAGAGCCAGUGUCACCCAGGGUUCCUGAGUCUGAGGACAGAUGUCAAGUCAGACUCGCCCCAGAGCGCAGCUCACCCCCCGGGAAGAUGGCAGCGGCUAGGCAUGACUUCAGCAACACUCCGGCAGCCCCAGAAGCCGACUCGCCCAAGAAGGCAGCUGCCCACAGGGGAGGACCUGAGGCAAAGGGGGCGUCUCCAGCUAGUACUGUCCUGUCUCAAGACCUCAUGUCCCAGGAGGAGAGACAGAGAGUUCCCGGUAACCACAGCAAGGCUCUGCAAACAACAGGAGUCCUCGUCCCUGUAAACUCCCAGGGCUCUGCUCUGCUCAAGGGAACAGACUGUGUGUCUGAGAGGGCCCCGCAGGCCAGCCCCACCCUGCCGUCAGCUGCUGACAAGGCUGGCAGGGUGUGCGGCAGUGUCUCCGGCCACUGCUGCCCCAGGGAAGGUGGGGGCAGUCCUGUGACUGACAUCGACAAACUCAUCAAGGAGCUGGAUGCUUCAGAACCAAGACUUCAGUCUCCUCAGAAAGGGGACCGGUUGAGUCAAGAGGGACAUUCUCAGGGCCAACCUCCAGCAGGAGCCGGAAGCGGAAGUUCGCACCCUGCUGGGCCAGUCAUGGGGAACCAGACCCCCACCCUGAGGAGGGCCUGGGCAGCUGCUGGCCAGCCCCCUCACCCACAGUGGGCUUCCCAGCCUUCAGUUUUGGAUUCCAUUAAUCCUGACAAACAUUUUACUGUGAACAAAAACUUUUUGAGCAACUACUCUAGAAAUUUCAGCAAUUUUCACGAAGAUAGCUUGUCCCUGUCAGGCCCAGGUGACAGCACAGAACCAUCCCUCUCAUCCAUGUAUGGUGAUGCGGAAGACUCGUCUUCUGACCCUGAAUCACUCACCGAAGCCCCACAAGCUUCCACUGGGGACAACUGGUCACCUCCUCAUUCCCGUGGGUCUUCUCACAAGGAAGACACUACGGAGUCUGAGGAGGAGCAAAUCGAGAUUUGUUCUACAAAUGGUUCCCCCAAUCCACCCUCAACUACUGCUCAUGCACCUGCCCAGGCUGCACCCAGCCCUGUGUUGGCCAAAGUUCUGCCAUUAAAGCACAGUGCCCUGAGUCAAGUGGUGGGAAAUCCAUGUGAGAGAGCGUCCUUUGUGCCAGGCACCUCCUGCCCUCCAAUUCCAGACUCUUCCCAGCCAUUUUCUCUCUUGGAUAUAAGCUCUCGGGAGCAUGAACUUCACGCAGACAGAAGGAUAUUACAUUACCCCAGGCCCUUGUGUGAAGAAGGUACCCUGGUAUCCACUAGCCCUAGCUCAGCUGUGGAGAACGGCCAGCCUCCUAAAGCUGCCAGGCAUUUUCACAACCUUCCGGUCACUCUCAGCAAUCUGAACAUGGUAAAUGGUUUAGAACAUGACCUGCUGGGUGACAAAACCCCAAAUAAGAAGCAGGAGACAAAUGUCAAUGCAACUGAAAACCGGUCCCCCUUCAGUGUGGAUGUCCCUAAGAAUGGAAGAUCCGUUUUGACGAAUCUGCACAUCUCUGAAAGUCAAGACAUGGAAGACGUGCUCCAGAAACCAAAACUGACCUCCAGGAGGCCCAUCAUGGCCUGGUUUAAAGAAAUAAAUAAAAAUAGCCAUGGUACGCAUGCGCAGGGCAAAGCUGAAAAGGAGCAGCCCACGGGGCCCGCCAGAAGCCCUGACUCCAAAAGUCAGGGGUCGAGUUCCAGCCACAAAAAGGGGGUUGCUGGGCUUCAGAGCCCCCCUCAGCUGAAACUGAGUCUGGAAAAUAAAGACCCACCGAAAAAAGGUUCCGCGGAAACACUUUUAAAUAACUGUCAGAAGCCCAAAUCCGGUCCUAAGCUGAAGAGACUGAGCAUCAAAAGUAAAAGCAAAGCCACUUGGGAGGCACCUGCUGCUCCUGUGGUCAAGGCUGGUGGGCCGGACCCCAGGAGACCCCUCACGUCACCCCAGACCUCCCACAGGAUGCUUCCCAAGGGAGCGGCCCACCUGCUCCACACAGAGGAGCACGAGGAGCCGGACAAGAACGGCCUAGCCCUCCCCAGGCCCCCCCAGUCCGUGCUGGAGAGCAGGCCGCCUGCUGCCUCGGGGGCGCCGAAGCCCCGCGCGUCCGAGACGAGCGUCACAGCCUUCGUUUCACCCCACACCUCCCCCAAGGCUGUCCCCGAGCAAGGUGCGUGCCGUCGAGCCCACGCGGCUUUCCACUCAGAGCCCGACGGAGCUUGCGCAGCCGCCCCCGCGUCUCCCGGAUGUGGGCCCGAGGGCAGGGCGCCCCCUGUGGCCUCGGGGAGCAGCGCGUCCAUGGCCGCGAUCGGGCAGGUCCCGCUUCCCGGGCAGGGCGCGCUGCGCGGGUCCAGCCAGGCGGAUCCAGCCCCUGGGGCCGCCCAAGCAGGGCCCUCCAGCGACAAAGGAAGCAACGCAAUUGCUGGUGAUCCCCUAGAAAGAACCAACCAGCUGAAAAUCGUUGACAUUUCUUGUGAAAGAAUGCCAAAGAAUGCCUGCGGUGACCAGCCCGCUGAGAGUGACAGACUAGGGGGGUUCUGGGCCCACAGCAACUGUCAGGAGAAGAGUGGAGUCAGACCUUGUCACCAGUCACUGGAGCCGUCGCCAAAUCAUCCGUCCUCACUCCCAUCUCGGGCCUCCCAGGUGGAGCAGGAUCCCCAGCGAUCUUUCAGCGUGGCAAAACUGGCCUCUUCCUGUUCCUCCCCACAACUGCCGGCUAAAACAGCAGAUUCCUCCCCAGCGAAGGCGAGCCAGGCGUCGGGCUCCCUGGGGCUGCCCAAGAAUGGCACACCAGCGGGCCCGGCGCCAGAUGACCAUCCGUACUUCACACCCAGGCCGGCGACCAGGACCUACUCCAUGCCCGCCCAGUUUUCAAGCCAUUUUGGCCGGGAGGGGCAUGCCCUGCACAGCCCAGGCCGUUCUCACCGGGACAGCCAGACCCCUGCAACAAGUGGGGGCCUCCUCGAGGCCAAGGCAUCCAGAGGCGGUGUCCUUGGCCUGGCUAACGGACAGGGUAUAUAUAGUGUAAAGCCCCUUCUGGAGACUUCGAGGAACCUUCCCACCACAGACGAAGGGGAUGUCCUUUCAGUGCAAGAAAGGAGCUGCCUGGUCACAGACAAAAUCAGGGUCACCAGAAGACACUACUGCCCUGAGCAGAACUAUGAAUCUACCUCGUUUUUCUCUGUGAAGCAGAGGAUCAAGUCUUUUGAGAACCUGGCCCAUUCUGACCGGCUGGGGGCCAAGUCUGGGGCGUCCCCUUUCUUGUCAGUAAGCUCCAAGCCUCCCAUUGGGAGACGGUCGUCUGGCAGCAUUGUUUCCGGGAGCCUCAGCCACCCUGUUGACCCAACGGUGAGGUCGCUGAGACGCAGCCUGAGUUCCUGCAGCGAAAGCCAAAGCGAAGCCAGCAGCCUCAUCCCCCAAAUGACCAAGUCCCCGUCCAGCACAACGCUGACGCUCUCCCGGCAGAACCCGGCGGAGGCCAGUAACAAGGGCCCUGACUCGGACCCAAAGAAACCACUUGGUCCUUCAGGAAGUCCCACCCCAAGUGUGACUCCAGCCUCUCCCGUCAAGAGAAACAAGUCCUCGGUGCGCCACACCCAGCCCUCGCCCUUGUCCCGCUCCAAGCUCCAGGAGCUGCGAGCCUUGAGCAUGCCCGACCUUGACAAGCUCUGCUCUGAGGAUUUCUCGGCAGGGCCCACCGCCGUGCUCUUCAAAACCGAGCUGGAAAUCGUCCCCCGGAGGUCGCUUGGCUCUCCCGCUGGAGGCCUCAAUGGGGCCACUGCCCUUUCAUGCCCCAUGAAGCGGGGGGACAGGGCCUGUCCAGGAGGAAGCAGCCCUAAAGCCAGUGAGCCUGGGGUGCCCAGUUCAGCCCAUCAUGUGGGUGAAACCAGCCGGGAUCUGCCUUCUGGAAAAGGCUGGUCGGUUAAUUUGGAUCAGCUUCUCAUCUCAGCGGGGGAUCAGCAAAGAUUGCAGUCCGUUUUAUCGUCAGUGGGGUCCAAAUCCACCAUCCUCACUCUCAUUCAGGAAGCGAAAGCACAAUCAGAGAAUAAAGAAGAUGUUUGCUUCAUAGUCUUGAAUAAAAAAGAAGGCUCAGGUCUGGGAUUCACUGUGGCAGGAGGGACAGAUGUGGAGCCAAAAUCAGUUGUGGUGCACAGGGUGUGUUCUCAGGGGGCUGCUUCUCAGGAAGGGAUUGUGAACCGAGGGGAUUUCCUUCUGUCCGUCAAUGGCACCUCGAUGGCUGGCUUAGCCCACGGAGAUGUCCUCAAGAUUUUGCACCAAGCACAGCUGCACAGAGAUGUCCUCGUGGUCAUCAAGAAAGGGAAUGAUCAGCCCAGAUCCUCCAGCAGGCAGGAAGCCAAUGGGAAGGGCUCGCUCUCCAGAAAGCCCAGCCCCCUGGAGCCCAGUAUAGAAGAACAUAAGGAAAUGAGGGGGCACAAAUGUUUGAAAACGGACUGUAGCCUUAAUCAACGAAGAAGAGCUUAUAAAAAGAGGUUCAGAAGUGGAUUUUCUAAGCUCCCUCCAUACUGUCAUCCCAAGGCUCACUGGGAAGGCAUACGAGGGAGAAGCGUACCUUCACGUGAUGCGCUGUGUGUCGAAGUGCUGAAGACCUCUGCUGGGCUGGGCCUGAGUCUGGAUGGAGGAAAAUCCUCCAUGGCUGGAGAUGGACCCCUGUUCAUUAAGAGAGUAUACAAAGGUGGUGCAGCUGAACAAGCUGGAACAAUAGAAGCUGGAGAUGAAAUUCUUGCCAUUAAUGGGAAACCCCUGGUGGGGCUGAUGCACUUUGAUGCCUGGAAUAUUAUGAAGUCUGUCCCAGAGGGACCCGUGCAGUUAGUCAUUAGGAAGCAUAGGAAUUCUUCCUGAAACCUGCGGCACCAGUAGUGACACUCACUAGUGGUGCUCGUUAACAUUUUUUAACAAGAACCUGCUUUUCUCAGUUCCCUUACGUUAGCAAAUCAGAAUCACUUCUUCAAACACUGGGUUCCUAAAACAACACAGGAACACUGGUACAGGCAAGGACUAUAAAAAUCUCCAAGUUUUUACCUUUACGUGGCGCUGACCUCCGGAGGCCUUCUACCUGGACACCGAGGCCAGGAGGGAUCCUUGUGUUCUGGGGCCUGUCCCCUCCGUGUUGUGUUUACUGAUCGGGAUACAAGAUGUGGCGUGCCCUUCUUCAUUCGAGACAUUUACAUAAGAUCUUCGCAUCCUUCCUGCCUCCUCGCUCACCGUACCUAAUCCUGGCAGUUAGGGAGCUAACCAAGUCUGAGGGGCAACACAAAUGUCACAAAUAAAGGACUACAGUUUUAUAUAAUUUUGUACGUAAAUAAGAGAAUGCUUUUAGGCACAUUCAGUGGAAGGAGCUGUAGGUCUGUAUGUUAUGGUGAAAAGAAAGUGAGACUUAAAAAAAAAUCAGUUAAGCUGAGCUCAGGAAUUAUCCAAAAAAUGAAAAAGCAAAAUAAAGUGGUAUUAUUUUUUAGUGAGUGUAAUGUGCAAUGUCUGGCUGCAGAGUUCAACUUGGUGGAUUACUGAUCGUCAUGAAGUGCUGAUCGUGAUCUAAAAGUGUAAGUCGUAAGGCUGUUUUACGGAAAUGCUGUUCUGAUAAACCAUACUGAAUAGCCAUGAACUUCGCUGCUUAGAACGAGCAGAAAGUUCCAGCUCGGAAAGCACCUUGCAUCUAGUUCGGAACUUGUCUUGAGUAAGUGCUUGAAUUCAAGACCAGUCAAUACAAGAGUGGGCAGGAAUACUACAGUCACUGGGUUUCCAUUUCUCUUAUUUAUGCGCUCCAAACACUAAUUUAAGCUAAAUUUUUGGAAAUCUUUUUAGCAUCCUUGGAUUUAUAAACAAACAUAGGCAUUACAUUUACAAUCCAAAGGGCAGAACUUAAAAAUAAUCCUUGUAGGGGACUUUGGCUGGUUGCUUAGUUUUCCCCUUGCCCAAGAAGCCUAAGAAAUCUCCCCUUUGUAAGCACUGGCCCGCUCUUCCUGACCGGGGUAUAAUGACGCGGCUGCAGUGACUGAAGUAUUUGCUGGUUGUUUUCCUGUUUUGCAAAUUCAUCCUUUGGCCAAAACCGUUUCCCUGCAGAAGACUGUUAUGACUCACACUGCCCGUGAAACUCGUCCCGGCUGCUCUCCUGUCAAAGCAUGACUUCUUCCUAGUAGCUGCUCCCAUUCAGUGUGCUGUUCCCCGUCCCCAAACUGGCUUUUCUCCUUCGUACUGCACCUUCUUUUCUUAAAUUCCAAACCUCCAUCAGCUUCAUUUACCAAAAUGUAAAAAGAAGACAAUGGGGAAUGCGGGUGAGUCACUCUUUCAAGGUAAAGAAGCAGAACUGUGUCACACAACCCAGACUCAAGGGGGACGCAGACCAGCUGCUCGAGUCCUGGGAAUACGGGUGAGGACGCCAAACCUGCGUGCAUGAGGACACCCAGGUUUGAUGUUGGACGCUUCUUUCAACAACCUACAGCCUGGGUCUAUGGCUUCAAGAAAAGAACUGAGGUCACUGUACACCCGCCCCCCACCCCAAUCAUGGAGGUGCUUGAGCUGUCACUGUUGUACGUCGUUCUUCCAAGUGACUCACCCCUUACAGUAAGCCUCUGUAGAGGUGGCCCACAGGGGUCUCUCAGAUGAGAAUGAAGUAUCUGGCUGGUGUGAGCCCAGAUUUUUUUUUUUAAACAGGUUAUACAAAAGAGAAUGUAGUACAAGAAUUAGCUAGAAAGACCUGAUUAAUUUAGCUUCUACUUUUCACUACACCUCCAGGUAGGAUACUAUAGGCAGUCAGUGCAAGGUGCAUGCUAGAUUGUUUUUAAGUCUCUGGGGUCAGUUUUAUGGUUUCUGCUUUCCUGCCUAAAUGUUAAGAGAAUAUUUGCCUCUACUCUUCCAGCUAUGCCUCCUAGUAAGAAAUUCACAGUCCUGUGUGAACAGACCGGAAUUUCCAGAGCAAUUCGGAGCAAUGGAACGGUCUCCUUCUGAGAGUCUCUAAUCAUCUUAUCUGAAGAGUGCAAAGGUAGACCUUUCACUCACUUCAAGUAGGCUAAAGUCAUCAUUUCUAGUAGA